AAUAUAAGUACGUGCGGCGGCUAUACACAAAGAAAAGAAUCGAUUUUGCAAUUGUCGCUCGUAAAGUAGGUGUAUAAGGUAUAUUAAAAAACAGACACAAUAACAGACAAAGGCUCGCCUUAAGGCGCGCGAGCGGUAAGGAAAAAAUGUGUAUCGACGUAACGAAGGUGGGAAGUAAGUACGGCUACUACUCGUGAACUAAUGCCAGGCAAAACGAGGAAUAAGAUCUAGUUUCCGAAAUGCAUGCUCGUCGACUCGAUAUAACUGACUUUUUAUCUUUAUCAAUACAUUAACAACAGCAAGCUACAGAAAAGAGCAAGAUAAAAGCAAUAAUUGACGGCUUUGAAUUAAGCGUGAUAUGAUACUACAGGUACACAUUACCUGCAUUGGGUACCGUAAGCACUGUGCAAGUAUAUCCUCGAGAAGCAACAGCAGCGCGGACAAUCAACAGGUGAGCGCGAGUGAGAGGCUGCUUCGCGACUGCCGAGGGAACUGGUGGCCGCGCGCCAGAUCCGCUGGCAAUUUACAAUCGAUUUUUGGACGAGGAUGCAGAGAGUCUAGAAUAUAUACGGGGGAAUGGAAGCUGAUGGAAGUCAGCAGCUGUUGCGUAUGUGCGGGUGGAGCGCGCAGAUAGAGGGAGCGUGCGCUAAUGUUUCAUUUCGUAUUCUGCGGCACGCAUAUGAUGUAUCUAUAGGUAUACACUGCCUAUAGUUAUGUAUGUACGUGCGACCAAUCGAAAAUAAAGUACGAACCAGGAAGGCGUGAACAAUACGAAGGCGCUUUACGCAGCCGCGGAGACUCCGAUUCUUUUAUUAUCGAGUUACUCGGCAUUAUUUCAUCAACACCGCCGGCUCGACUCCUCAGAAUUUCAUAGGAAUGUGCAAUAAGCCAACUGCGUCUUAGCCACCGCCGAUUCCUCGCCUAUAUACACGGCACUCGUGGAAAAUAUGCGAGGACAGGAAUUGUACCAAAAAUUCAGUGAUAUAGCUAUAGCGUUUGUAUAGAGCUGCGGGGGACGGAUAAUAAAAGAGGGCGCGUCGCUCGCACAACAUCAUCGGGUGUGUUACUGCAGUGUUCCCCGAACUUCAAAUCGGCUUGAGAUUUCUCACGUGUCUAUUCUCAGCAAUUUGACUUUGCGGCUUUUUUUAUUGUUUUUCUCGCGGCUUGUGCAACUGCGUCGUUGCGUGAUCGCGAUAAGCAGUACAAUAUGAAGCGUCUGUCCGAAGAAAGGACGAAGCUUGUGUUCGAGAAGCUGGCCAACUACAUUGGGGACAAUGUCAAAUUUCUCAUUGACAGACCGGACGGUACAUACUGCUUUCGAGAGAAGAAAGACCGAGUGUACUAUGUGUCAGAGAAAAUUUUGGCUUUAGCGAACACAGUUGCACCGGAAAAUUUGAUGAGCGUUGGUUCGUGUAUCGGUAAAUUUACGAAAACAGGAAAGUUCAGGUUACACAUAACUGCUCUACACUAUUUGGCACCUUAUGCGCAGCACAAAAUAUGGGUCAAAUCUUCUGCUGAACAGCAAUUUUUAUACGGUAACCACGUCAACAAAGCUGGCUUAGGAAGGAUAACGGAAAACACAACAAAGUACCAAGGAGUUGUGGUGUAUUCUAUGAAUGAUCUGCCUCUGGGCUUUGGUGUUGCUGCAAAAGGUACAGCAGAAUGUAAACUAGCAGAUCCAAUGGCAGUAAUCGCUUUCCAUCAAGCAGAUAUUGGAGAAUACAUUCGAAGUGAAGACACUUUACUUUAGGAAUUAACAUUAGAAAGAAGAAAAUAAAAACAUUCAUUACCAGGAAAAUAAUGGCAAUUUGAUGCCAAGUGAGCCAAACACCCAAGCAAUAAGUGAUUAAAAUACCCAGUGAAACAAAAAUUGAGUUGAAACAUAAUAACAUAGGCCUAAUUUGGGGGUGUGUAAUUUCUGAUAUGUACACAAGACCAACAGUUGAUAGACCACCUGAAAAGCCAGCUAUCAUUCUGGCUAUGUAAAUUAAGCUCAAGGAAUUGGCUAGUGCCAAUAAAAUCCAUGAUAUUAUGCUAGGUAUACAUGAUGCCAUGCAAAUUUUUUUGCGACCAUAGUUAUCCAUUAAUGGCCCCACAAUAAAGGAUCCAAUGGGUAAUGAUAAUGUAACUAAACUUGCUGUUUAAAAAAAUGAUGUCAAAUAAUUCAAUAAAAUGUUAAUUCAAAUGAAAAAA